AAUAAUAUAUAAGCAAGAUGAACAGUCAGUUAAACAUAACAGUUAGACCAGAAGUAAGAUUAGAUGCCAAGUGGUUGAAGACUGACCUGCAACGAUUUCUUUAUCGCGAUGGAUUGGCUGAGUUAUGGAACGAGAUGGUACGGGAUGGUGAGAUUGUUGGCUCGUUUAGUGAUGGUUUAAUUAAUGCAGCAGGAGUGGUGGCGAAAAAAGGUUUUUCGGGUCAUUAUUAUUGUGGUAUGAGAGUAUUAUCUUGUGUCUGCUGUGAUGGAAUUUGCGGUCCUCAACAGGGUUGUAAUUGUACUUCUUGUCAAAAAUUGGAUGAGGAGGAAACUGUGAGGACAACAGCGAUGGUUGAAAAGCCUAUAUCUACCCGGCGAAUAAUGGAUUCGUGGCUUUGGGGACCCCAACCAUCAUUAACAGAUUUAAAAGAGUGUAUCAAUUUAUCGAUAAAAGAACAACGGAAGCUAUGUUGCGAUGUUGCAAAUAGCACAUUAUCGGCGACACGCUUAAGACAACGUUUAAUAGUCGCCCGGAGAUAUUUUAUCGCUUUAUCUCGACAUAAACCACAGGAAAUCAAGGAUAUCUCGAAUUUACCAAAGCCUAUUGGAAAGUUACAGAAAACGAUACGACCUAAUGAAAAAGCGACAUUAGGAUUAGCGCGCGUUGGUUCACGCGCGGCCCUCAAUUUCUCCUUCGCGUACUUAAGACGAGCAUGGAGAUCCGGAGAAGACGUCGAAUUCUGCAGCGAAUUAUUGACCGAAUCGUUGGAGGCAUUGCAAUCGUUACCCGAAGCGACGCUCUUCGAUGAGACUAACGUUUCUCAAGUUUGGUUGGAGGUUGUGGAAAGAUCAGCGAAAUUUUUGAGACAAGUUGUCACGGGAGAAGUAACCACUGGACGAUCAUGGCGACCAGUGCCGUUAUCGGAUCAGCAUAUAGCCCUGUGUUUGUUGUUAGAACUGGUUGCCCAAAGAGCCACCCUCUCAAGUUUACUGGACUCUGUGGUUUUAUUGCUCCAUCUCAGUGGUAAGCACAAAAAUCAAGACAAUCGCGUCACCCCACCUGGCAGCACGGCGCCAUUGGUUCCACUGUUACGACGAUUGAACAUGAUACCGGCGACGAAAUCGCGCAGGCAUCUCGACGGGAAUGUUACGCCGGGACCGUGCGAAGUGUUACUUAAAUAUUUGCGACUGCCGGACGAUGAUGCUGUGUCCGUCGAUUUAAGGAAAGCCGCGGUCAUCAUAAUGUGCAAUUUAAGUAGACUAGCUGCGCCUCUCUUACCACCCGCCAACGCUGAGCACGGAUUCCCAAGAAAUACCAGGCAAACAUUUCAGGAAGUGUUGGCCUGGGGUGGCGUGAAAUUUGGGAAUGGAUCCGCUCCCUUCUAUUGUGAUGCUAUCGCGGAGUUGAGCGUGAAACAACUGUGCUGCACUGAGCGGGCGCUGAUGAUACUGUCGUUGAACGGUAACGUUUACACCAUGUAUCAUGGGUCUGAAACUCAGUAUCCGCAACGAAUUUAUGGCUUCUCUGAUAAAUCGGUGACGAUGAUCGCGUCUCACUCGGACGGCAAGCACUAUCUGGCGUUAACGCAGGACGGCUGCGUAUACUCUUGCGGCAACGGAGAUGGCGGUAGACUUGGACAUGGUGACACGGUCUCACACGACGAACCAAAAUUGAUCGAGGCUCUCCUAGAGAAGAACAUCGUGUACAUAGCGUGCGGCAGUACGUACUCGGCGGCGAUAAGUGCCAAUGGCGAGUUAUACACCUGGGGAAGAGGUAAUUACGGUAGAUUGGGUCACGGUAAUUUCGACGAUGUCAUGAUUCCAACUUUAGUGACGACGCUGAAAGGCCACACGGUUAUACACGUGGCCUGCGGUAACAGCGAUGCACAGACCUUGUGCGUGACUGCGUCCGGUAUAGUUUUCUCGUGGGGAGAUGGCAGUUAUGGGAAAUUAGGCAGAGGAGAUUCCGAUGGCUCCAAGACACCAAAGAUCGUCGAUAAGCUGCUGGAUAUCAACGUGGUGAAGGUAUUUUGCGGUGGUCAGUUCUCCGCGGCAUUGACAGCACACGGAGAGGUGUACACGUGGGGAAAGGGUGACGCGUAUCGAUUAGGUCACGGUAGCGAGGAGCACGUUAAAUAUCCCAAAGUUAUCGAAUCGUUGAGGGACAAGAAGAUUAAAGACCUAUGUGUAGGCGCCACGCAUAUAUUGGCAUUGACCGAAGAUCAGUUCGUUUAUGGAUGGGGUAGAAAUGACUACGGUCAAAUUGAUCCCACGUUGUGUCCCGUCGUUUCCGAGCCUACAUUAUGCCCAACGUUAUCCUCGAAGACUGUCAUCGGUUUGGCAUCAGGCCCGACACAGAGCUUCGCCUGGUGCAUGUCGGCGUGGUCGGGCGGAGCUAGCAGAGUGGCAUUCGUAGUCGACAUAUGCGAGGAGACUUUCCAAUUGCUCGACACGCUUCUAGUUAAGUCCUGUGAAGGCCUACCUGGAAUACGGCCACCCACACAGGACCGCGAGUGUUUGGCGGUGGCUACGCUCAAUUUGUUCCGAUUGCAGUUACAUACGAUGUUGACGCACAACAUUGAUCCCAAGUCCGUCGGGUUUGCUGCCAACAGUUCGCUGUUGAAUUCGUUGAAGCAACGUUGCGUUAAUCUGGCGAGCGCGACGGGAAUCUUAGCUACGAUUCAAGAAGCUGCGCAAGCGGUUCUGCAAACAGGUUGGAGCAUAUUGUUGCCGACAGCUAAUGAGCGUGCGAAGACACUUUCCAGCUUCUUGCCAAAUAAUUCUAACAAUAUGGAGCAAUCGAGCUCGGCGAAUAACAAUGGACAGCGAUUUAUGGCUGAUUUAUUGGUAUCCAGUCUAAUGGCAGAUGGCGGAUUGGAAUUGGCGUUGAAAGCCGCGAUUAAAGCGGAGAUAGCUGAUAUGCCGGACGAAAAGGAUAUUCUCGACGUAGGCACAUCGAAUGUCGUCAAAGCGAAGAUCGAAACGAGGCAAGGCAUGAAGGAUGGCUUUAAUUCCGGGAAGAACAUCACGACCGUCUCGUUGCUUCAGCUUAUACAGCAGUUAAUUAGAAACGGCACGUGCAUCACGCAAUCCAGACUGCAGCAGGUCUCGUCGCAGCAAGUAGACCGAAACGAGUAUCUGCGAAGAUUCGAUAAUUCGCCGAGUUUGAAUCUCCUGCUGCGUUUUCAGCGAUUGCUGAUCGCGCAAGUGUACGAGUGCAUUAUGCGUAAGUCACGCGCGGAGGAUCUACACGAUCAAGAAAUGAUGGGCGCGGAAUCGCUGUUGAAGAAGUACAUCGCGCAGAUUUGCGAUCACGCGACCGAGAUAUUACCAUUGGCAGCCGAGAUAGGCGGUCGUUCUGUCAAGGAUUUCAUAUCCAUCGCCAGCGUCUUGAAAGGCGACAUCAUUAACGUGUUACUUUCCGAACUCGUAACAUGCCUGAUAUUGUUGCAAGUGGAUUAUCCCAUGUUGCUGAUCGAUAUGAAUUGGAUGGAAGUGAUCGCACCGAUUCUGGAUGUGCUGGAUCAUUUCGUGAAAUUGGCGCCGACGAUGGAGAAGAACGAAGCAGACGAUUUGUCCUGGCCAGGAAUCAUCGCACCGCCACAUGGAAACAAGAUGUCCAUGCAAGAAGAACCUUCGCUGAUACGCUGGGCGGACCUGGAGAAUCAUAAUCGCGAUGGCGGUCUCUGGGUAGUCGUAAAUAACAAUAUUUACGAUGUACAGGAUAUCAGAAGCGAAGGUUCCUGGUCACCUUAUGAGGUUCUUCAAAGGUACGUUGUCGGGCGGGACGAAACUUCAACAGUAACGCAAUGUAGCGCGCUGUAUGGUCAGCUAUCACCACCACGAGGCAUGAUGGAUUCUUGCUUCGUGGGCCAUUAUUGCCAAGCCGACCCCGAUGAGAACGCGCGAGUUACGAUCGAGGUGACCGACGUCUGCUCGUCUCUUCUGGACACGGAAAGAGCACUGGGAUUUCUACUGGGCUUGCACGCUUAUCGAAUGCGGCAGAGUUUGAGGCUUCAACCAGCCGAAAAGGAAGCCGGCGUGUGGCUCACUGCAAAUUUCCUGCGCGGUGGCUUGCAAGUCCUGCAACCACCAAAUCCGUACGAGGAAGAAAAGGAUGAAGCGAGAAGCAACACGUCGACCGCUGCUAAUUCGCCCACGGAACCACCACUUCCGGUGCACACGAAGAACGAACAGCAAAAGGAGAGCAACGACCGGACGAUCGCGUUUAUACACGCAUUAGCGGAAGCGCAUAAAACCGACGACAACCACGUUCGAGCGUUUCUAACGAUCGUCGACAGAUACUCCAAGGCUAAUAAUCUGUUUUCCCAUACUGAUUUUUGCGGCGAUCAUCCUGUCGAAGAGAUUAGUCGCGUUCUAAUGGCUGUGAUUAUAAAACAUCUCGGUUUGGGGCAGCAGGCGCUUGCGUUAGCGGACCAGGAAUUAAGAACCGUUAAUAGCGCAAGAUUGACCAAUCAAUUGGCGGAUAUGGUGCGAGCGAUUUAUCAGACCAAGUGGAACUUGGUACGAAUCAGGCAACAGCAGAACAGAAGUUAUAAGGAGGUUUGCGCGCCCGCGCAAGAAAGAUGCAGAUUUCUUUUGUAUGAGGUCAGAUCCGCAACGAGUUAUGAGGUGAAAGGACUUGAAGAGUUGAAGCUACUUCAUACCGUCCCUAGAUUCAAAAAAGCCGCUUGCACUGUUAUAGCGGAUAUCCGUAAAAACAAAGACUCGUCUGGCGGAGGCGGCAAGCCGGAGGAUAUCUUGAACGCAUCUAUACAAAAUGCAAAAACAAAAAACAAAUUAGAUGGAGAUGUGACGUCUUCUUCCAAGGAAGGUUUGAUCGUCGCGGCUGCCUCUUCUUCUUCUUCCGCGAAACUGGAAGAUAUAUCGGACAUAAAGAAUAAAAUUAUGCAAAUCACUGAGAAAAUUCGAUGCGAACCACAGUGCGUGACUACCGACUGUAACGGCUUAAUGACGAACAUUAUAGAAUUCGUCGUGAAUAACGGCAUCAGCGGAGACGUCGAGACGCUCCGUCGUGCGAUGUACUGUCAAAUGCAACGCGCUCGAAUACGGGAGCAAGGUAUCUCGAUAAUGGAAGAAUUAUUGAGAAGAGAUUAUCUAGUGCCAUCAGUUAGGUAUGCAUUACUUAAUGGCUGGCUCGGUUUGACCUACGAGAACAAGUCUCUCAGUGAUGGUAUUAUGCAUUGCCUUCACGAUAUACAACUAACGACUCCCUAUCAAAAAUCCAAAGUUAUCCUGACCGAGGCUAAAGUAAUUUCAUGGGCGAUACAAGCUUUACGAACGUAUAUUAUACAAGCGGAGCUUCCGAGCAAGCAAAAGGUCAGUGGCAAGAGCAGCUUGAAUCAAGGUACUUACACUUGGCUGCGAAAAUUACCGAGAGCAAGAUUUUUACUGACUAUCCUCGGAAUGUUAACUAAUUAUCAAUGCGCCAACGAAAUCGGGCUAUUAGUUAAUUCAGGUCUACUGUCGAGCAUACUGACUUUAUUACGACAAAUCGGGCCAUCGUCGGGGAAUUUUUGCGAAGGUGGCGAAGGCCAAGGACAACAAGGUGGAGAUGCUAACGCGUCCAAAGUUAAAACGGAAAUCAUAGCUAUCUACGAAGAUACUCUUCAGAAGAAUAAGCCGCCAACCGUGCAACUUAGUGGAAUGGAACUGGCAGCGUUGAUGAAAAUCGGUACUCGAGUUGUACGAGGAGCUGAUUGGAAAUGGGGCGAUCAGGACGGUCCACCACCUGGCGUAGGUAGAGUUAUUGGUGAGCUUGGUGAAGAUGGAUGGAUAAGAGUUCAAUGGGAUAACGGUGCGACGAAUUCAUACCGCAUGGGUAAGGAAGGCAAAUAUGAUCUAAAACUAGCUGAUCCACCGGUGCCUCCUGAUGACGACACCGAUGAAACCGAUAGUGAUGCUUCGCUCGACGCGAAUAAAAUGGAGAACGCAGGUGCCCGCGGUGAAGAAUUACAUCCAACUAUUUGCCUCAAGUCGGCAUCGACAACUUUGCUGCGGAUAAUCCUGCUCUCCUGUGGUAUAGAAGCGGAUAAAAUACCGGCGACGUCUGUCAAAAUUCUUACUUCCACUCUGCACGGCAUAGUGUUGACCGCAAACAGAUCUGGUGAAUCAACCAUGCAUGCUCAACUGGCGAGACAGCAUCACGAAACUUGGGCUACUUUUAGUCUCUUAAGGGCGAUCGCGAAGUCCACGAGAUUGUGCAAGUCUUUAAGUUCGCAAACUUGGCUCGAUCUUCUUUUGAAUAUCAUCAUUGAUGAGAAUAAACCCUGCCUUGAGAAGCAGAUCAUGAUCACGAAACUGCUGUCAGCUGUUUUACCUUCAUGGGGAAAGGAGACGAUUCUGACAGAUAUGAUACAAUUCUUGGAAAAAUCCUUCGAGAUAUUAGGUCAAGUGGCUCUCGCGUGCGAUAUUACUUCCGGCUCCGAACUUCAUUCGAACAAGUGCCGUAUGUCCGUGACCGCAUCGUACAGUUCUACCGUAGCCGAAGAAUUAAUAUGGUUAAUUAGGUUUUUACACACUCUUCCUGGCUGGAACGAAGCUAUAAAUCGAUUUCUCUCUGCGAAGUUGGCUCUAACGGCGGAUCUUCUGAGCGAUGGACCGUUAUUUCACAUACAAAUGAAUGAAAACGGUGGCGAAAAUAGCCUGUGCAUUCAACGGACAGUUAUGGCGACUCUUAUUGUCAUUGGUGGUUUGGAUAACCGAAUAAGAAUAGGGGGUUUGGUGAAUUGCGAUAGUGAAGUGGGAACAGUAUGCAAAUUUACCAAGCACUCGAAGAUCGUUGUACAAUUAUGGAAUGGCAACGGCACACGUAAGGUAGUUCCAUUUCACACAGUGAAACGAAUUAACGAGAAGUUCCAGUUAGACAGGAUGCCACUAACGGAUUCGCUUAUAUCUAUUUGGGCAAAUUUGCUCCUAGGUACUACUUGCGGUGUGGAUAAACGACCUGGUGGUAUGCCGGUCAUCGCUGGCGUGGUGAACGCCUCGAUAUUACGAACCCAGCAGCAGCAACUCGCGGCCUUGAACGCUGGAAAGGCAAUGCUCGCCUAUCAAUCAAAAUUGCGGAGAAUUUUGAAAUAUCCUUUGUCUAGUGACAUCAAUGACGAUGAGAGAACGCGUGCUUCCACGCUCUUGCAAGAAAUGCUAUUACGCGCUACUAAACCGCAGCCAUUGAAACCAAUAUUUAAGCGUAGAGAAUUAGAAGAGGCCGCUCUGGCAGUUUCCCAGUAUUUGGUUUCCGAGUUGAGGCACACGCCUAUUCAACGGACUGGCAUGACUUCGGAUCCUACUACACCUACAUCAGAUUGCUCGUUAGUGUCGUUAACGUCAAGCCAAAAAAGACAUUGUAAAAACAACGCAGUAGCAAAAAGAAGCUCCACGGCGGCACCUAUGAACCCUUUUGUAGCUCAAAUAGUCGAGAUGGGUUUUCAUAGGAAGAGCGUCGAAUUAGCUAUCAUACACCUGAGUGUCGCUGAUCAAAGCAGUAUAACAGCUGAAAGUGUAGUAGGCUGGUUGCUGGAAAAUCCAGACGCCCUUAGCGACACUGAAACUUUAUCCAGCCUGGAAGGACUGACUGACGGUAGCGAUGAUUCAGUUAGUGAGGAUCUGGACGAUUCUCCAUCGGGACAAGAAGGUGCUGCUGCUGUAGGCGGUACACCGCUGUACAUGAAGCGAUCAGAUUUCUUGUCAGUUGACGAAUACGCGAUUUACGUGCGUGAUAACGUAAUUCCAGGCAUGUUGGUACGAUGCUGCAAGAGCUACGAAGAAGUGGAAUACGGUGAUGUCGGUCAAGUGGUCAAAAUCGAUGCAGAAAAUCUGCACGAUUUAAACGCGCAAGUUUCAUGGCAACGCAAAGGUGGCACCUACUGGGUACGUUUUAUCCAUAUAGAAUUACUAGGCUAUCCACCGUCCUUACCGGGUCCUCCACCCGCAUUGAAAGUCGGCGAUAAAGUCAGAGUCAAAGCGUCAGUGGUUGAACCAAAAUACAAUUGGGGCUCCGUAAAUCAUCACUGCGUCGGGGUAGUCACGGCGAUAACUAAUAACGGCAAAAAUGUAUCCGUAGAUUUUCCGCAACAGCACGGUUGGACUGGCUGCAUUACAGAGAUGGAGAAAGUACCAUCGUGUCAUCAUUCCGUGAUUUGCAACUCGUGUUGUUUGUCACCAAUUUCCGGCCCUAGAUUCAGGUGCAAAUACUGCGAUAAUUAUAAUUUGUGUGAGAAUUGUUUCUACACCAAGCGAUCGCAUCGACAUGGUUUCAAUAGGAUCGCAGAACCUGGCUCAGCAGCUGUUUACGCUGGAAAGCCAGGAAGAUACCACAGGCAAGAUCUAUCAGAAUCGUAUCUGAUCGACGAUUGGUCCAAAUGCAUCAGAACCCUCAGUGUAUCCUCACGAGAGAAUUGGGCAACGCGUUUGGUAGACGGAUCCGGCAAAUAUUGGCAAAGUUGCGGCUCGCAGGGUAAGCAUUGGAUUCGCCUAGAAAUGUUACCUGGGAUCCUGAUACAUUCCUUGAAGAUCAUUGUCAAUUCGCAGGAUAGUAGUUAUAUGCCUUCCGUAAUAGCGGUUAAUGUGGGAGAUUCUUUCACCAAUUUAGUGGAAUUAAGAAGAAUAAACAUACGUUACUUGGACACCAGUGUUACACUGCUUCAGGAUAUGAAAGAAUAUUAUCCAUGCGUCGAGAUAGCAAUAAAACAAUGUCGAAAUGGAGGCAUAGAUUGCAAGAUACACGGCUUGCGCAUAAUUGGUCGUCACAAUAUUCUUGAGAAUCAGCUGACGGCUUCGGUCUCUUUUCUUGCGUCUGAUUGGGAAGUUUUACAAGAACAGAUUCCAAUACAACGCAAUACUGAUAUGCCACCUCAGCAAUCGGCCGUUUACGUUUGGGGUUUGAACGACAAGGAUCAAUUGGGCGGUUUGAAAGGAUCUAAAAUCAAGCUACCAAUAUAUAGCGAAGUGUUAUCAAAACUGAAGCCGAUCCACAUAGCUGGCGGGAGCAAGACUCUUUUUAUCGUCAGCCAAGAGGGUAAAUUGUAUGCUUGCGGAGAAGGAACGAACGGCAGACUAGGCCUAGGAGACGAUAACAACGUGUGUGAACCGAAACCUAUACCUUUCCUAAGUCAGUUUGUGAUCAAGAAAGUGGCGGUACAUUCAGGUGGUAAGCACGCGUUGGCGCUCACGCAAGAUGGUAAAGUAUUCUCGUGGGGAGAAGGCGAAGACGGAAAACUGGGACAUGGAAAUUGCGUGUCGUUGGAUAAACCGAAGCUGAUUGAGGCAUUGAAAUCAAAGAGAAUUCGAGACAUCGCCUGCGGAUCGGGACAUUCGGCAGCGAUAGCGAGUAACGGUGAGUUGUACACCUGGGGCUUAGGUGAAUACGGUAGAUUAGGUCAUGGAGACACCGCCACGCAAACAAGACCAAAACUGGUGCAAACCUUAGUUGGACAGAGAGUGGUUCAAGUAGCCUGUGGCAGCAGAGAUGCACAAACAAUGGCCUUGACCAUCGAUGGCUGUGUAUACUCUUGGGGCGACGGUGACUUUGGAAAACUCGGUCGAGGUGGAAGUGAUGGUUGUUACGUGCCCAUGUCGGUGGAGCGAUUGAACGGUUUAGGUGUUGUGCAAGUUGAAUGCGGUGCGCAGUUUUCUCUUGCUCUUACGAAAUAUGGCGAAGUGUGGACGUGGGGAAAAGGAGACUACUUCCGAUUGGGUCACGGUAAUGAUCAUCAUGUCAGGAAGCCUACGUUAGUCGAAGGCCUUCGAGGUAAAAAGAUUAUUCAUGUAGCCGUUGGCGCGUUACAUUGCCUCGCUGUGACUGAUAUAGGACAAGUAUACGCUUGGGGUGAUAAUGACCACGGACAACAGGGCAAUGGCUCAACGAGCGUUAAUCGAAAACCGUCGCUAGUACAUGAGUUAGAGGAUGCAAGAGUAAACAGAGUGUCUUGUGGUUCAAGUCAUAGUGUAGCUUGGGUAUUAGUUGAUCAGCCUAGCAGUGGUAAUCAAGAACCAGUUAUGUUUCCAACGGCGAGAGAUCCGCUGGGCCAGCAAUGUUUAGGUUUGAAUAAUGUAGCGGAACAAAACGGUACGGUUGCUACGACAAACAAUGUUGCCACCGCCAGACCUUCGCUCGCCAGUAUAAUACUUUCACUGGAAAGCAACGUUGCCAAACAGCAAGCAUUGCAACAUGUGAUUAAUGCUCUUCUCAUUAUGCAAGCACGAACUGCAAUAGUUACAGCUCUGCAAAGUCAUUCAACCUUGAAUAGUUGCUCGUCUACGAAACUCGUGAUAGCGCCGACAACGGAUAUGAUCCCACCGUCAGAAGGAGCCAUGACAUCGAGCACCGAGCAUGCGGUUUAUCAAAAUGUCGGUGACAUUGCUCAAGGCGGAGGCGAAGCUCCGGCAAAUGUUGCCGAGGUUGUCAACGUCGUAGCCACCAGUCCUAAGAUGACUCCCGAGUCGGAAGAUUAUCCAUUAGCCAUGUUAGCCAUGUCAAUGUCUAGCUCCGCUAGUUUAUCCUCGCGCGCUUCGAGAAUGUCAACGAGUGCAAUGAGUGUCAUAGCAGCUACCUUAACGUCUAAUGCACAGGUGGUAGGCGAAGACGGUGCUACAGCGUCUGGUUUGGAUGAGUUUACGUCAGCGCUAACGGAAGACGAUGCCAGAGUCUUGGUAGAUCUAUUAAAAUUGGCAAUAGCUAAUAGAGUUUGCGCAUCGGCAAAAGAGACGAUAUCAUCGGUCUUGAUCGCUCUAGGGAAAGUAAAUAGUUUCAUCGGUAGUAUGCUUCUGGAACUAUGCGUUACGGAAUUGGAAGACACUGCAGCGAAUAGCAACAGUAUCAAUAAUACACCACAACCCGUGGUGCAAGAAACGCCACAUCCUUAUAUAGAUGAUACCACAUUGACCGGUCACGUGAAGAUUCUUGGCGCAGAAGAACUCCGAAUAGAAUUUGACCGGCAAUGUUCCACGGAGAAGCGGCACGAUCCGCUCACAAUAAUGGACGGAAGUGGCCGAGUAGUAGCCGUUAGAUCGGGCAGAGAAUGGACGGAGUGGGGUCCAGAAAUCAAGAUCCAAGGAGAUGAACUGAAGUGGCGAUUCUGUUCCGACGGGUCCGUCAACGGUUGGGGCUGGAAGUUUACAGUCUAUCCUAUUAUGACGAAAACGGCACCGUAUGAGCUCGGAUCCGACAGAGCAGUCUUGUCGCAACCGACCAUAGCUCUGGCUGAACAUCUUCUCAUGGAUAACAGCCUGAUAAACUCUGACAAAAAUGUCGCUUCUCGUUUGGCCACUGCUUUAGGCCAGUGCAGUCAGCUGAGUACACUAUCAGCACAGCAGAGAAUGUGGGCGUUGAGGAAGUUGCAGAUAGUCUACACAAAUGGACCAGGUAUAAAGCCUGAGGUGGCGCUUUCUUCUCUACUCAGCUCCUUACCUCAAGCACUUCUACGACAGUACACGUACGAGGAUCCGCUGGUCAGAGGUGGCAAACAGCUGAUGCACAGCGAUUUCUUCAAAGUUCUCGUAGCACUCGCGUGCGAUCUCGAAUUGGACGGAAUGCAAUUCUGUUCCGAGAUGCACAAGUGGUCCUGGUUCCGCAGGUAUUGCCUUGCCGCACGAGUGGCAAAAUCACUCGUCAAUCGCACACCAUUACCGAAGGCAUUUUGCCACGAGGUCACGAAGCAACUGAACGAGAUGGCAGUGGACGGGGACGUGGAGUAUACGAAGGAUCACGAGAAUCACAGCAUAUUUAAGCAAGGGCACGAUGAACAAUUGCUGCAAUGGCUGAACCGUCGACCGGAAGACUGGACACUGUCGUGGGACGGAUCUGGUGCAAUUUACGGAUGGGGUCACAAUCAUCGAGGGCAAUUAGGUGGUCUUGAGGGUCCGAAAGUCAAACUACCCGCACCGUGCGAAAGUCUAUCUGCACUCAGACCUAUCCAGCUGGCUGGAGGUGAACAGACUUUGUUCGCUGUAACAGCCGAUGGAAAAGUCUAUUCGACAGGUUACGGAGCUGCGGGUCGUCUCGGAAUCGGAGGAACGGAUUCUGUUAUGAUACCAACACUAUUGGAAUCAAUACAGCAUGUGUUCAUAAAGAAGGUGGCUGUUAGUUCCGGAGGCAAGCAUUGUCUCGCCCUGAGCUCGGAAGGUCAUGUGUAUUCUUGGGGCGAAGGCGACGAUGGCAAGUUAGGACAUGGCAAUAAGGUGUCUUACGAUCGGCCGAAAUUGAUCGAGGAUCUACUCGGCGUAGAAAUUGUAGAUAUAGCUUGUGGUGGUCAUCAUAGCGCCGCAAUUACUAGUGCUGGUUGGUUGUACACAUGGGGAAAAGGACGUUACGGACGUCUCGGACACGGUGAUAGUGAUGAUCAGUUACGACCGAAGGUAGUGGAGGUUCUGCAAGAUUACAAAGUAAUCGAUGUAGCUUGCGGAAGUGGCGAUGCGCAAACGCUCUGCGUAACCGACGAUGAUAACGUGUGGAGUUGGGGCGAUGGAGAUUACGGGAAAUUAGGUAGAGGUGGCAGUGACGGAUGCAAGGUGCCAUUGAAGAUAGAUUCCUUGGCUGGACUUGGCGUAAUUAAAGUUGAAUGCGGCAGUCAAUUUUCAGUCGCUUUAACGAGAUCCGGAGCAGUCUACACAUGGGGAAAAGGCGAUUAUCAUCGUCUCGGCCACGGAACAGAUGAUCACGUGCGCAGACCACGUAAAGUGGCAGCGUUGCAAGGAAAAAAGAUCAUUUCAAUAGCAACAGGCUCGUUGCACUGCGUCGCGUGUUCCGACAAAGGAGAGGUCUUCACUUGGGGUGAUAACGACGAAGGUCAACUCGGUGAUGGCAGCACGAGUGCGCUUCAUAGGCCGAGACUAGUGCAUGCGUUGCAAGGCAAGAAAAUCACGAGGGUUGCUUGUGGCAGUGCGCACACGCUAGCUUGGAGCACCGCGAAAGCUACGCAGAGCAAAAUGCCAGUGUCUACGCCGAUGGAAUACGAUCUGGUUAAAGAACUACCAUUUUCCGUGCUACGCAAUAGACUGGUAUUGCUGCAUCAUUUCGCGGAACUCCUGUGUCCUGCCUUGGCCAUGUUUCCGAUCAUCGGUCACAUCGGACUGAGUAAGCUGGCUCCUAUGCUGGUGUACAGUAUAAAGGAAGCGACAUUCCGCAAGGUAAUUCAAGCAACGAUGGUCAGAGAUCGUCAGCAUGGUCCCGUGAUUGAAUUGAACCGGAUACAAGUGAAAAGGGCUAGAGCGAAAGGCGGAUUAGCUGGACCGGAUGGUAUCAAGUCUGUCCUCGGCCAAAUGAUAUCGAAAAUGUCCCUCCUGACACAAGACGUGCUGUUUUUACCUCAUAGAGUAUGGAAAGUGAAAUUUGUUGGGGAAAGCGUCGACGAUUGUGGCGGUGGUUACAGCGAGAGCAUCGCGGAGAUGUGUGACGAAUUGCAGAACGGUUCCUUGCCACUGCUCAUACCCACACCGAACGGCCGUGAAGACAAUGGCACAAACCGAGACUGUUUCUUGUUGAACCCCAUGGCCGAUUCUCAAUUGCAUAUGAAUAUGUUUAAAUUCUUAGGCAUCCUGAUGGGCAUUGCCAUACGUACGGGCAGCCCGCUGAGUUUAAAUCUAGCCGAGCCAGUUUGGAAGCAACUUACCGGUAUAUCUCUGACACCUGCAGACCUAACGGAGGUCGACAGGGACUACGUUCCUGGCUUACUUUGUAUCAGAGAUAUGGAUCCCGACGAGAAAGUCUUUCAAACAUUAGAAAUGCCAUUUUCCACACCAUCCGCUGCGGGACAUGAUGUAGCACUAUCUAACAGAUAUCUUAAGAUAACACCAGAAAAUAGACAUGAAUACGUAAGAUUGGCGCUAGAUUAUAGACUGCACGAAUUUGAUGCCCAAGUAGAAGCUGUACGAGAAGGUUUAUCGAAGGUUGUUCCUGUGCCCCUAUUGGCAUUGUUUAGUGGUGCUGAACUUGAAACGAUGGUUUGCGGUAGUCCAGAUAUACCGCUUAAUUUAUUGAAGUCUGUCGCGACAUAUAAAGGUGUUGAAGCUACUGCACCGUUGGUGCAGUGGUUUUGGGAAGUCAUGGACGAAUUCUCCAAUCAAGAACGAUCGCUUUUCCUUCGUUUUGUUUGGGGUAGAACACGUUUACCGCGCACAAUCGCAGAUUUUAGAGGCAGAGACUUUGUUUUACAAGUAAUGGAUAAAUACAACCCACCGGACCAGUUUCUUCCUGAAAGCUACACUUGCUUUUUCCUUCUGAAAAUGCCGAGAUAUUCGUGCAAAGCAGUCUUACGACAAAAACUGAAAUACGCGAUUCAUUUUUGUAAAAGCAUCGAUACCGACGAGUAUGCCCGAGUACAAGCUGCAACUAAUUCAGACACCGAGGAUACAGAGAGUUUAGCGAGCGAAGAACACACUUCGCUUUAAAUCAUUUGCUGAAAUAAAAAAUAUUUAUGUUUAAAGUGACAUUUCAAGUUAACUUUUUUACAGAUGUGUUCACCAGACUCUCCAAAAAAAAUCCUAUUUUUCUUACACAUUUAUCACAGUAUGCAAAUAUAAAUAAAUACUUAAAUACAUGUACUGCUUUUUAGCACGAACAAUUUACUGUAUAGUAGAUGAUAAUAACAAAAAAUAAAUUACUAAGAAUAAGUC